GGAACGUAAAGGUUGCCUGGGUAACCAAAGCGGCCUAAGGAGAGAACGCGGCCAUAGAAUCCUGGAAUAGAAGAUUAAGGGGAGACAGGAGAGCCAUAGUACAAUGCAUCGUGUCAAAAUGAAAUCGGAAUAAGAAGGAUGCCGUCUAACCGCUGUUACUGAUAUAGUGUGACUGUGAUCUCUCUAUAAGGAGCUCUCACCAUGGCAUCGCCAUCUGACAGCAGCCGUGAGGGUGAAUCUCAUUCAAAGUGGCUGGAUGCUCAUUAUGAUCCUGUUGCAGGCCUCAAUACAUUAUCUUCUUGUAUUGCUCUUGCCGAUUUACAUGGUGAUGGGGAAUAUAAGAUGGUGGCUGCGGAUCUGGGCAGUGGACCAUAUAACAUGAAACUUAAAGUGUAUAAAGGAACAAGCAUGAUGUCUGAGAAUUCCCUGCUUGACUUGCCCACUGGUAUAGCUACUUUCUUGAUGGACCAGAAUGAGCCACGUACACCAGCUGUUGCCGUGGCCUCUGGGCCUUUUAUAUAUGUAUACAAGAACCUGAGGCCAUACUUCAAAUUCACUUUACCAGCAAUGGAAGUCAAUCCUCUAGAAAAGGAAGUGUGGGACCAAGCCAAAGAGGACAAGAUUGACCCCAUGACUUUGAAAGAGAUGCUGGAAGGAAUUAGGGAUAAAGCAGAGGUUCCGCUCUCAGUGAGGUCACUGCGAUUCUUGAUGUUGGAAGCACAAGAGAUGGAAGCUUUCGUGAACACUUAUAAACAGCAGCCCCUGAAGCGACAGACUGUAAUUACAUGUAUGGGUACUCUGAAGAAAAAUAUGGCAGAUGAGGAUGCUGUUUGUUGCCUCGUAAUCGGAACCGAGAGUGGAGAGAUAUUUAUUCUGGAUCCAGAAGCAUUUACCAUAUUAACACGGGUCAGUCUUCCCAGUGUGCCGACCCUACUGGAUAUUACAGGACAAUAUGACAUAGAAUAUCGUAUAACAGUGGCUUGUCGCAAUGGAAAUGUGUAUAUUCUCCGAAGGGAUUCCAAGCGACCUAAGUAUUGCAUUGAACUAGGUGCCCAGGUGGUGGGGCUUGUUCGUGUGCAGAAGAAUAUAAUGAUUGGCACCUCCCAGGAGAUGCUGCAUGGAUACUCACAGAAGGGAAAAAGGUUGUGGACGGUUAAACUCUCUGCAUCUGUCAUGACUAUGUCUUUGCUGGAACAGAAAUCACGUAGUAUCCAGGCUGUACUGGUGGGGCUGAAAAAUCUAGAGGUUCACCUCUACAGGGACAAAAACCUACUCAGUGUAAUAUCUACCCCGGACAUUGUAACUGGUCUUUGCUUUGGACGGUAUGGGAGAGAAGAUGACACUCUAAUCAUGACCACUAAAGGAGGUGGCCUUAUUAUUAAGAUCUUGAAGAGGACUGCUCAGUUUGAAGAUAAGGAUACAGCCCCAGGUCCCCCUACUGGCCAGAGUGUCAAGCUCAAUGUCCCAAAGAAGACCAAACUUUACGUGGACCAAACACUCAGAGAGAGAGAGAAUGCAGUGGCAAUGCAUCGCGUAUUUCAAAUGGAUCUUUACCGCCUCCGUCUCACUGCAGCCCGAGCUUACGUCAAAGCAUUGGAUGCGAGCCUUGCUCCUGUAUCUGCCUCAAUGCAAGAACAAAUCACGCUGAAUGCAGCAGUGCAAGGUAUUGGUCCACGAUUCAAGUUGAUCUUAAAUUUACAAAACACCUCAGUGAAUCGACCUUCUAUGCAGCUGUUAAUCAGUUUCCUGUAUGAUGAAAGGCUUUACCAGAUCAAGCCAGCGUUUUUCAAGGUCCCUCUUUUGGUGCCUGGCUUAAACUAUCCAAUUGAGACAUUUGUUGACUGCUGUAACGACAAAGGGAUUUCUGAUAUUGUCAAGGUUUUUGUAUUGAAGGAAGGAAAGAGCACCCCGCUGCUAACUGCUCACAUCAAUAUGCCUGUCAGUGAAGGUCUAGUUGCUGCCUAAGAAAGAUAUAUGGAUGGACAAUCUAGUAAUAUUUUGUUCAAGCUUCAAAAGAGGACUUUAGCAACUAAAUAGUAGCCUAGAACUUGAUAGAGGCUCCACUAUUCAUAUAAUAGAAAGUGAAAACAAAAUGCCCUGUGAUGUAUAAUGUACAUGUUCAUAUGCUUUCAGCAGGAUCAGAGAAAGACAAUUCUAUAAACAUUACAGGGCCACAGUAUCACAGAUUCUUCAUCUUAUCCAAGGAUUUACGGAACUUCUACUUUGAUGGUAAAUACAAGUUAAUUUCCCUAUUUAGUCUACUCAAAUUAUUUUAUUGAGGCUGGCUCUAUAAUAGAGCAUAGGCUAGGUUGCCGGAUCUCUAUAAAUAUAAAUGAUUUUAUAUUGUUAUAAAAUGGUUACAAAUACAUUGUACAGUAGAACAAACGUAGUUUGGUGAUUGUAGACAUGAGAGGAUUCUGAGCAUAACCCUAGAAGGGACACUGCCAAAUUUGCAAUGGAUAGAGAAAAUAUGCUUUACAUUAAGCUCAUACACAGUAAAGUGUAAUUACCAAUAAAACACAAUGUGCGGUGUGUAUGAAUAUAUCACAGAGAUCCACAUUAAAAACUUCACAGUAACCUGUGAUGAGAAUGAAUAUCAUUUUUACAUUUAUGUUCAGGAGCUCUGCACCCCUAUACACUACACAUUAGUUUUACUGGUCUGGAGCUCUUUUGUGAUACACCUAUGAACGGCACACCUUACUCAUUAUCCGUCCACCUCACUUACUUUCUGUCAUUUCCCAUGAUUGCAAUCUGUCCAAUUUUCAUAUCUCCUACUCAUUCCAUGUCCCAUAAUGAAUAAUCCAUCGUCCCCCCGUUUUCAUGUUAGAAUUCCUUUCACCUCCCCUUUCCAUGUUGCUAUGGUCUCAUCCCAUUACCCUUGAUUACAUCUUCCCCUCCCUAUGUCCACUUUGUACUAACUUUAGACUCCGCAGUCUGUCCUUUUAUUCUUUCUGUAAACUCCUUCACGACUUAUAUACCUCCCAGCCCCAAUACAUGUCCACCUCAAUUUUAUCACACCCCACUUCAUUGUAUUUCUCAUUUGCAUUUUUUAUGCUUUAGAUAUAAAAGAAGAAUCUUACUUAAAUAAUAUAAAGUGUGGGGGGAUGGGAAUAGGUUUAAGGAUACAUUUGAGGCCGCAGCUCCUCACAGUGGUGCUCACUCCAUAUCACCCAUGGGUCCGUACCAUUGAGUUUAUAGAUACAAAAAACAUGGCAGGCAGUGUGUAUCGCUGUUACUUGUUAAUGUUUCCUCUGUUCAGUAUUCCCUUAGUGAGCAAGAUCUUUUCCAGAAGUGAGUGGAAGGUGAUGCUUCAUCCCCAUAACCCUCUACAUGCUUCACUUACUCGCACAGAAAACAGUGACGGGCUGCCAUGAUACACUCCACUUGUCACUAUUAUUACAUCUUUAUCACAAACUGCAGGCGGUAAUGUAUUGUUGAUGGUCAUCUGACUUGUGGUUGCGCCACACCUAUAAGCAUUACACAUGGCGGUACAGAUAAAGAGUGGAUAUCCUAAAAACAAAGGGUAAAAAAACCUGGCAUCUUCUAGGUUGAAAGAUAAUAAAACCCAUUGUGAUUACACUGGUGUCUCCUUCCAGUGUUCCAUAAAUAAAUGCUCAUGUAAUUAUGACUGCUUUAUUUCAGCAACUAUGUUUACUAUUCAUUUUGUAUUGUAUAUAGUGUAUUUAAUAGAAGGUAGUGUUCAAUAAAUGUAGAAUUCAUGGCA